GCAUCGUAAAGAAUAUAGAAAACAUUUUUGAGUUUGUUGUGUGUUUGUGGUGUUUAAAGCCUACAACUUACAUUGUUGUUAAACAAUGCAUUGUUGUUAGCUUGGUUGUGACGUCAAGAUGGGUGGAUUUGGCAGUAAAUGUUGGCUUCAGAGGCUAGACUUCUCAGCGUGUCUAUUCUAUAACUGGUCUAAGGUUUUUCCUCGCGUAUCAUCUAAAAACUGUCGUCACGUCGUCAGCUGUCCCUGUCACCUAUAACAAGACAUUACAAGGUUUGAAUUAGUGUUUAUUGUGUUAAAAAAUCAGUCAAAAUUGACACCAAUUCGGAAAAGGUUGAAGACUCGCCGUGGUUGAACAUUGAAACUGAAGCCAAUAUGAAACCGACGGUAGUAGCUGAUGAAAUGUUUCCUGAAGGAGCAGGGCCCUACAUGGAUCUUGAAGAGGCUGGUGGAUCCAGUGGCCUAUUGAUGGAUCUGGCAGCCAAUGAGCGUGCUGUUCAUGUGGACUUUUUCAACGAAUUUGAAGACCUAUUCGACGAUGAAGAUCUCCAAUAGAUGGCCAAUCCAACAAUCAGCUUAUAAUUUCGGACUUUUAUUACCAAACCCAACCACCAUUGAAGUAAAACAAAACCAUUGAAAUAAAUAUUUAUCAUUAAUUCCAAUUGGAAUAAAAUUGAGUUUUCUGUUUGCUUUUCAUUGAUGUGGAUUUCAUUGAUACCGGUACAUUAAAUACUUAUUUUUUAUUUUCU